AUGUUCGUAUCCGGAGAAACCGCCGAACCCUCCAUCGAAACAACCACUUUGAUUGAGGACAUCACACGUCAACAGGUGCUUGAAAUUUUGGGCCGCAGCACUCACCUAGCGACUCGUCGAGGAUCGCGCUCCAUCUCAACCGACGACCUGAUCUUUCUGAUUCGUCACGAUAAAGCCAAAGUUUCUCGUCUCCGUACUUUCCUGUCCUGGAAAGAUGUCCGCAAGAACGUCAAGGAUUCCGACGACAAGGGCGGUGCCGAUGCGGCUGACUUUGCCGCUGCUGACGACGCGGCUGGGGUUGUGGCUGGUCCGCAGGAUGUAGCCGCCAAACCCAAGAACAAACGCGCCAAGGUCGGACUGGCAUGGGACGUGCACAGCUUUUUCUCGGUCCAGAUUCCCGAGCGCGAUGACGAAGAGGACGAAGAAGAGGAGGAGCAGAAUUACGCGACUCUCCAGCGUCUGGCUGCCGCCGAUGAGCGCACCAAACACAUGACGAGGGAAGAGUACGUCUUCUGGUCUGAAUGCCGCCAAGCAUCAUUCACCUACCGCAAGAGCAAGCGGUUCCGCGAGUGGGCCGGGUUCGGCAUUGUCACCGAGUCGAAGCCAAACGACGAUAUCGUCGACAUCCUCGGUUUCCUUACCUUCGAAAUCGUCCAGACUCUGACCGAGGAAGCGCUGAAGGUCAAAGAGCGCGAGGACCAUGAGAAGAACCGCGGCGGCGCGGAAACCACCGGAGAGAGCGCCAAGAAGCGCAAGCGGGAGACUGGCCUGUUCGACCCGCCUGAGGAAGGCCGCACGCCAAUCGAACCCCGUCAUAUCCGGGAGGCGUACCGCAAGCUCCAGGCGACGCCGCAGAAGGCCAUUGCAAUGCUGCUCCAUGGGGGCAGAGUCCCAACAAGUCUCCCUUUGAGACUGGUACGUGAAUUAUUCCUUCUUUCUCAUACGAUCUCUUCUAACCCACAUUUCUCUCAGAUUUAA